CGUGGUUUCCCUGGCGACCGGGAGGGCGCCCGGAGCAGAGGCGAGGGAGAUGCUGGCUAGGCGGCCGCGUAAUCCUCUGCAGGCCCUGCAGCGCCGCACUCAGGAACUGAAGCUACAGGUUGAUGGCUUGCUUUCUGAGAGUCAAUUGAAAGAAGCUCUAGAAGCCAGUAAAAGGCGAGAUAUUUACCAAAGGUGUAUCCAAUUAAAACAGGCGAUAGAUGAAAAUAAAGAUGCUCUUCAAAAAUUGAACAAAGCUGAUGAACCGGCACCUAUUGGGAACUACAAUCAGAAAAAAGAGGAUGAACACAGUCUUUUGGAUAAGCUUACCCACCAACUGCAGGAGCUUGCUGUGUCCAUAAAUAGAGAAAAUAUAACUGAAAUUGGGGCACUUCCUGAAAGAGAAGAAGAUGACAAUUCUGCUGAAGAAGCUGAAGAAGAGGAUGAUGAUGAAGAAGAAGAAAGUGAAGAAACUGGGGACGAAGAAGAAACAGAAGACGAAGAGAAACAGGAACAUGAAUCCCAGCAACAGGCCACAAGCAAAGAAUACAUUGCUAUUGGAGAUUUUACUGCUCAGCAAGCUGGGGACCUUACAUUUAAGAAGGGAGAAAUUCUCCUUGUAAUUGAAAAAAAACCUGAUGGUUGGUGGAUAGCUAAGAAUACCAAAGGAAACAAAGGUCUCAUUCCCAGAACCUACUUGGAGCCCUAUAAUAAAGAAGAAGGCCAAGACUCAAGUGAAGAAGGCAGCGAAGAAGAUACAGAGGUGGGGGACCAAACAGCAGAAGGGGCAGAAGUUAAACAAAGGUAAAAGGUGGGAAAGGAUAUCAAACAGAUAAACACUAUUGAUGUGCUAACCACAAUGGGAGCUAUUCCCUCAGGGUUCAGGCCUUCCAUGCUCUUCCAGCUUCUGGAGGAAGGGAAUCAAUUUCAAGCAAGUUACUUCUUACAACCAGAGCUCACUCCUUCACAGCUGGCCUUCAGAGAUCUAAUGUGGGAUGCUAAAGCAGGCACGAUUAAGUCAAUACCAAGUCGUGUUUCAUUCAUUCUGACCCUCUGGAGCUGUAAAAUGAUUCCUCUUCCAGGAACAAGCAUCCAGGUGCUCAGCAGACAUGUUAGCCUCUGUCUGUUUGAUGGAAAUAAGGUUCUGAGCAACAUUCAUACAGUCAGAGCCACAUGGCAACCUAAAAAGCCCAAAACAUGGACUUUUUCUCCCCAGGUCACAGGCAUCUUGCCAUGCUUGCUUGAUGGUGAUUGUUUUAUCAGAUCCAAUUCUUCAUCUCCAGAUCUUGGAAUAUUAUUUGAACUUGGAAUUUCUUAUAUUCGCAAUUCAACCGGUGAAAGAGGAGAGUUAAGUUGUGGCUGGGUGUUUCUUAAACUUUUUGAUGCCAGUGGAAUUCCUAUUCCAGCAAAAACGUAUGAACUCUUCUUGAAUGGUGGCACCCCUUAUGAAAAAGGUGUUGAAGUGGACCCUUCGGUAUCCAGAAAAGCACAUGGGAAUGUUUUCCAUCAGAUGAUGAUGAUGAGAAGGCAGCCUCAACUCCUAGUAAAACUGAGAUCUUCGAACAGAAGAUCAAGAAACUUACUAAGUUUACUGCCAGAAACAUUAAUUGGAAGUAUGUGUUCCAUUCAUUUGUUGAUAUUUUAUCGCCAAAUUCUUGGAGAUGUACUCCUGAAAGACAGGAUGAGCAUGCAAAGUGCUGACCUAAUUAGUAACCCAGUGUUGGCCACCUUCCCCAAGCUCUUGGAGCAGCCUGACAUGAUGGACGCACUCAGGAGUUCAUGGGCUGAGAAAGAAAGCACAUUAAAGAGAUCAGAGAAGAGAGACAAAGAGUUCCUGAAGGCCAUGUUUCUCCUGGUGUAUCACAACUGCAUGGUACCUCUUCUGCACUCCACACUCCUGCCCCCAUACAGGUGGGCAGAAGAGGAGACAGAGGCUGCCCGGUGGAAGGUUAUCACCGACUUCCUGAAGCAAAACCAGGAUGGUGAGGGUGGUCUGCAAGCUCUGCUUUCGCCACAUGGAGUCCACGAACCUUUUGACAUUUCAGAGCAGACCUAUGACUUCUUGGGUGAGUUAAGAAAGAACACAGCCUGACAGUGGUGGCCCUUGACCCUCAGCUUCCCACUGAAUGGAUGGACCCUCCUCGAUGGAUCCUCCUGAAUAAAAGGACAGAACCAAAAGUGACCAUUCCAUUGUAACUUAGGCUCUGUUCUUUUUUGUACGACCACAUUCUAUAAAAAAAAUACUUAACCUGAGAAUUUGAAUAUGUGUGAAUACAAUAAAAUACAUUUCAUAAAGAAAUGGCGUUAUCGAAA